UUAUAUCUAUCCAUUAGGUAGAUAAAAUGAAAGGCCAGGGAAAGGGACACGGAGGUUCAGGAGCCUCCAUGUCCGAAAGUAAGCUUCGCGUGGCUAUAGUGUCAACAGAUAAGUGCAAGCCUAAAAAAUGCAGACAAGAAUGUAAACGAAAUUGCCCAGUUGCUAAAGCAGGCAAACAGUGUAUUAUAGCGGAUCCCACCAGUAAAAUCGCAUUCAUUUCGGAGACGCUAUGUAUCGGUUGUGGUAUCUGCGUGAAGAAAUGCCCCUUUGAGGCUAUUACUAUUAUUAACUUGCCACGAGACCUCGGCAAGGAUACCACCCAUCGCUUUGGUCCCAAUACAUUCAAGCUACAUAGAUUACCAGUGCCAAGACCAGGCCAGAUAUUAGGUCUAGUAGGAACCAAUGGUAUUGGAAAGUCGACAGCGCUAAAGAUACUUUCCGGCAAAUUAAAACCUAACCUUGGCAGAUUUGACAAUGAGCCUGACUGGCCAGAGAUUAUACAAUAUUUCCGUGGUUCUGAACUACAGAGCUAUUUUACAAGGAUUCUGGAGAAUAGCAUGAAAACUGCAGUCAAACCGCAAUAUGUUGACAAUAUACCUAGACAGGUAUCAGGUCGCGUUGGUGAGAUUUUAGAGGCAAAGGACAAGAAAGGCCGUGCUGAAGAUCUCAUAAUCACCUUGGAGUUGGCACAUUUACUAAAUAGACAGGUAUCGGAGUUAUCUGGUGGUGAACUACAAAGAUUCGCCAUUUGUGUUGCCGUUUUAUGUGACAGUGACGUUACUAUGUUCGACGAGCCUAGUAGUUAUUUAGACAUUAGGCAGCGUAUAAUCGCAGCGCGUGUCAUCAGAGAGACUGUUGAGCAUGACAAGUACGUCAUCGUUGUGGAGCACGAUCUGUCGGUACUCGACUACAUGUCGGAUUAUAUAUGUUGUCUUUGGGGAAGACCAUCGGUAUACGGUGUUGUGACAUCUCCGUUCAGUGUAAGGGAAGGCAUCAAUAUAUUCCUGGAUGGGUUCGUACCAACUGAAAACCUUAGGUUCCGUGAGGAAUCAUUGUGCUUUAGGAUGUCGACUGACGUAGACAUGGAAGAAAUCGAACGUCUACAUAAUUACAAAUACCCCGAAAUGAAGAAGACGUUGGGCACAUUUUCACUGACGGUGUCUGCUGGUGACUUCUGCGACUCCGAGAUCCUUGUCAUGUUAGGUGAAAACGGCACUGGUAAGACCACCUUUAUUAAGAUGCUUGCGGGUAUACUAGCGGCAGAUAAUGCUGAAGCUGGCGAGGCAAUGCCAAAGCUGUCAAUUAGCUACAAGCCACAGAUCAUCACCGCUAAGUUCGAUGGUACACUGCGGCAACUGUUGAUGAUGAAGAUCAAGGAGGCUUUUGGCAGCCCGAUGUUCCAAACCGAUGUUAUUAAACCGCUUCAAAUAGAGGAUCUGUACGACCAACAGCUGAAGAAUUUAUCUGGUGGUGAAUUGCAGAGGGUAGCGUUGAUUCUAGUAUUGGGAAAGCCCGCGGAUAUAUAUCUCAUUGACGAACCCUCGGCAUACCUUGACUCAGAGCAGCGUAUCAUGGCAAGUCGAGUUAUCAAGAGGUUUAUACUACAUCAGAAGAAGACUGCAUUUAUCGUAGAGCACGACUUCAUCAUGGCCACGUACCUUGCAGACAGGGUUAUAGUCUUUGAAGGCAAACCGGGUGUCCACGCUACUGCUCUUGCGCCCGAGCCAUUAGUUGUCGGUUUUAACAGGUUCCUGAAGUCACUGGAUGUCACAUUCCGCCGCGACCAAGCUAACUUCAGACCACGUAUCAACAAGUACGACUCCGUCAAGGACAAGGAGCAGAAAGCUUCUGGUGACUACUUUAGCGUUGAAACUUGAGUUGUCUUUACACAACCAGGGAACAUUCCAUGAAACACCAUGCUU